GUGCUGAUCGCGUCGUCGGAUGUCUUGCUGGUUGGAAAAUGCUAGGCGCGAUCAGAUCGUCCGUAUGGAGUAUUCACGUUCAAGACUACCGUUCUUAAGUAUCUGAAAACCAUUAAGUGCAUGUGCUGUGUGCCAAUCAUACCGUGUAACUUGUCGUGACCAAAGAAAAACAAUUAAUUUAACUCAACUGUAUGUUCGGUAGUCAUUAGGUUAUAAAAAGAGCAUUCGAAGAUACUUGCUACAGCAAUGGCCGGCGUUUUAUUCAUAGUGCAAAUACCUUCGGCCAGGUAUGAGGUUAUUUUGCGCCAAAAAGAAAAGGAUAAAACAGCCAAAUCAAGUUCGGCUGAAGUAACUGAUGAAAAGCGCGAUAAAAAGGAUGGAAACGCUGAAACUAUACCGUUCCUCACGCCACAACCACGGAAACACGCUCUGGCGAAUAAGGACGGUAAGGAGAUCCGUAGCUUCGCUGACCGUCAACGGAAAGAGCCAAAAAUAGCUGAGGAAAUUGAGGCAGCAGAACUGCCGGGGCCAAGUGUAGUCGUUCCAACGAUUAACCUACCGGACGGUGACGCCUUGGAUGAUCCCCAAACACCCCAGGAUAAUGCAGAUGCUGUGCAACAAUCACUUGCGGUCCCGUUCGAUCGUACAUCGGCACUGCGGAAAUCCUGGGAAGGUUUCAAAGACAUUUUGAGCUCAGCCAGAAAAGAUAAGGAAAAAGACACGCGCGAAGCAGCUGCCGAGAAGUUCAAUCUUAGCGCUGAAUCACCAUUGGAAACUGUAAUGAAAGAUAUUCUCCAGGAUCAGAAAAUUAAAAGCGCUGCAUGGAUCGAAACGAACAGAGGCAAAGGCUAUCAGAUUACAUUUUGUCUGGAGUCCGACAGAAAGUGUGACGAUGUUAUUUAUCUUCUGAAUUCCUGGGGAAUUGGUGAACGGUUUAACUCGACGAUCUCGAUUACCUCCUGCACGUUAUUUACUGAACAAGCACCGGAAGAAGAAAUCACCUCAGAAGCCAACGGAAGUAAAGAUGGUGGCUGGAAUAACUUCCUAUCGUCAGUUCGAGCCCGGCUGAACGUAGCGCAGAUCGUCGAAGAGGUGAAGCAUGACGCGUCCAUUACUUUUGAUUUUGUCUCUAUGCUGGCGGUCGCAAGCAUCUUGGCCGCUUUCGGACUGAUCGAAGAUAGCACGCUAUUUUUAAUCGCCAGUAUGCUGAUCUCUCCUUUGAUGGGUCCAAUUAUUGCCGUAAUUUUCGGUACUGUCAUCAAAGAAAGAAGUCUGCAGCUGAUGGGGUUGAAAAAUGAAAUGAUUGGAAUCUGUUUAACCGUAUCGGUUGGCUUUAUUUUCGGGCUAAUUGUAUGCAGUAUAGACGAACGAUACGGGGUGGGUGAAGGGAUUACCAACGAAAUGUUGAGCCGAUGUGAACUUCACUCAUUGGCCAUAGGAGUAGCGAUCGCAUUACCUUCGGGAGCCGCUGUGGCCAUUGCAAUAUUAGGUGAAAAUAUAGGUUCCCUUGUAGGUGUUGCUAUUUCAGCUUCUCUCCUGCCUCCAGCAGUUAAUGCGGGAGUAUUAUGGGCGCUCUCGCUUCUGUGUUUGGUGCUAGGAACUACGAAUGAACGAUACAGUGCCGUUGUAAAGACCAAUAUCUAUUCGGAUAACCAAACCAUAGAACUCUUCGCGCUUGGAUGCAUGAGCAUGUGUUUAACUCUUCUUAACGUCGUUUGUAUCUAUCUGAUGGGUGUUAUAUUCCUCAAGAUCAAAGAAGUUGCUCCGAUUGUUCCUAAAGAUCAGAAACAGUUCUGGAAGCAUGACAUCAAGAUCGCUCGUGACUACAAUAGAACGCUGCACUCAACGGAUGGAAUGUCCAUUAGCAAGCAGUUGAUUCAUGACUUGACCGCUCUACAUAACAAGGAUCCGGAAGGUCACGGAUUUGGUUCAGAACUGUUGCUCAACACCAUAAGUAGAAACCAGCAUACUUGGUCACCAAACCACAAUUAUCACCAACGAGAACACAGGCCAACCAUCCAGGAACUGGAAGCUCUGUAUCUAAGUCUAUCUGGAAAUAACGGCGAUAAUCAGUACCACUAUGGGAAUCAUCCUUUUAUGAAGCUACGUCCCCCAAAGGCAUGGUCACCCAGUCAUGGACCAGCUAAACAUAACGAAGACGGUCAGCCUUCGUCCCCAUCGAGCCAUAAACGUUCGAACCCGAUGGAUAUUGGACAUCAUCGGCAUCACCGCUUUACGGAAUCGAUUCGCAGCACUUCCGCACCUCUCUCCAAGAUACUGGAGAACGUUGCCCACGAGGGUCCUUCCGGAGUGCGACAUGUGGGUGCUGUUUUCGGGGAGGGCAAUACACGCCGCAGCUCUAUUAUGGGUCGGCCUUUCAAGUACAGCUUGAAGAAAUCAAACAAGUUUACCGUCACUCCAGCCCACGAUCUUGAUGAUAAAAAGUGACGUAACUUCAAGCUAUCUUGUUUCAUCUUAAAGGUUGGUCAACGUCGUGCGCUAUGGAGACGAGUGUUUCUGUGUUAUUUUACCAAAUGUACAUAUAUUUCGUAUUUAAUUGUUAAGUUCGUUUGAUUAACCGAAUGGUAGUGAAUGUACAAUGUAGGAUCGUAAAUUUAUCGAUUGGUUAGCAACUCUUACAUUAAUGAUUUGUUGUAAAUAUUGAAAUAUUUUCGAAAACAUCGUUACGAAAAAAGUCGUGAUUUGUUUUCUUUACGUUGUCGUUGACUUUUUUGCAAGCAGCUGAGAAAUUUCUUUCUAAAAUCCAAAUUUAAUGGCAGAUGACAAGUUGGUCCACCGUUGAUAUGAAGCAUAGCAUAAUCGAUACAAUCUACCAGGCCAUCGUUAUUGCAAUCCUUACCAUAUUUCUCCAUGUAUUGUGUUAUUAUGUUGGUAGCACAAUCGUACUGAUUGGCGCAAUCUUCAUACGAGCCCCAGCGAGUCGAAUCGUCAUCUCCUUUGACCACCUUUCCAGCAUCGAUCCAGUAGGCUCGCGAAAUAGAAAAUGGCCCACAGUACUAAUCAAAGAAAAAUCACACCAAUCCAUAAACGAACACUAAAGGUACUGGUUUUUAAUAAAUCCGCCGCCCUUUUACUCACCCCUUGAUCGCACUGCAUUCGACUACUGCAACCAGUAGAAGCUUCGCAGAUACAAUGAAAGCACGUAGAGUUCAGAUUGGACAGAAAGAUUCCGUUUACCAUAAAGAUAAAACCGAACAGUGUCAAUAAUUUCAAGUGACUCAUUUCGCUAGCUAUUCGUCAAUAUAAAUGGCACCGCCAACGAUUAUUGAAUCACUGACUGAAAUCUCCGAACGCAAUCACAACAUGAACACAAUAAAAUUUAGUCGACAAACAAACGAUGAAACGACUCUUAUCAACAAUCGAUCACAGUCAUUGAUUGUUUGUAUACAUACAAUUGACCCCAAAAGAUCAAACGUUGUUUGAACGGCAAGAAUACGAAUGCCAUCGGAAUGCACGCGAUUGUAGAUUUUUACUAAAUCCGCUCGAUUUUAAUGACGAAGUUAAAAUGUUUGAAUUCAUAUCAGUUUUAAAUUUAGUUUUAAUAGAUACGGAAAAGCACACAUUAACGAUAAAUCAACCUGUUGAUUGAUACGUUCAGCUAGAGCUUAAAAGCCAUCAAUCAAUCAAUCACA